UUUCUUGCUCUGAAGCUUGCGGUGUAAUUUGAACCUAUGUAGUAACUCGUCUUAUUGCGGCCGCUAUCAUAGCUACAUUGACAUUCGGAUUUGAACGAGGUCGAGGUGCAUGUCUACCAGAGUGAGUAGUAAACUCCGGGGAGAGUGAUCUGAGACUCAAGAGAUUUUCAUUUAAACUUCAAAGAAUAACUGGAUAUUGCGAAAAAUUAGGGCGAUGGAGAAACGUCUCAUCUCUAGUGACGCAGGAAAAUAAUGGAUGUUGUUGCCAGAGUGCCUGCUGUCUUCCCGCCCGGUGCAGUGUCUCCUCAUCACGCCUGAUUGUAUAAAAGACGCGCGCAUCACUUGUUCGUUCCUUUUCACCACAACAAAGUCAUAAUGCGAACUUCAUCCAAGCUCGCGAACAGCGUCUUGUAUACGUAGUCAGUGAUUAAGGAUAAUUAUCCACACUUUAAAUCUACUGCUGAAAUAGAUUUGUUGACAGCACAACGUCUGCUUGUGUGUUUGCCUGUUGUUUCUCUACGCGAGUAAGUCAUUACACUCUGAUUUUGUUUUCCGUUUUCAAGUGUAAGGAGAAUAGUUUGCCAUAAUGUCGGAGAUGGCUAAAUAUUUGAAGAAGCGACGGAUAAGUCUCCAUGAUAUCAUCUUUAAGAAUCGUAAAGGGAGUCAGGAGGAAACAAGGAAGGAACCACCAAAUGAAAGGGUGGUCGUACAAGUUGUGACAGAGCGAGGCGCCGUGGGAAAUGCACCGCUGGAGAAGUCACAGUAUAAGUGCCCUUCGCCAAAAUCGGAGCGACGUUAUAUCCAGGUGUGCAACUCUGCUCCUGACAAUGAGCCCGUAGUUGACCGUGUCAAUCUGGAUGUAGGUACGGUGGUUGGAGAUAGAAUGCAGGGUAUUGGAAUGCCAGAUCUUGGACGAAUGAAGAAAUCACGACGAAUUGAUUCCGGCAGCGGUGAGAACAGCUCAGGUUCUGAUACAAGCGAGAGAUAUAAAUGCAAAUCUGAAUCGGACUCAUCAGAUGAGAAUUAUAUCUUGAAUAGGUAUUUUAAAAGCAUGACGCUGUCAGAUGAUGAAAAGCAACCCCCGAGCACAAGGCUCGGUCUUCCAACCAUCGAGACAGGGAGCUCGCGAUCGUUGUCAGCAAUUCCCUGGUCAGAGAUGAAGAAAGACGCACCAUUGUCGAGGUCGUGCUACGAGAUCUGCUCGAACAGAACUCCGGGGACGUCGUGCGGUAGUUCAUGCUCGACUUCGUUUAUGCGCCAGAAGCAGGGUAAAUCACUGGUGACGUAUUGGCCGAAUACAGGUAGUGAGAGUGAUAUAAUUGACAUAAUUCCGCUCAGUUCCUCCACCGUAGCGAGAACGAAAACUAAUAUGAACCGGCCAUCGAAACGAGAGACGCUCUCUCCGUUAAAUCUCGUUCAAUUGGAAUCGACUCAACACAGUGCUUCAAUGAAGUCGGUGAAAAGGGAGCCAAGCUCGCUUCAUGUUUCUCCGAACCGCUCCCCGUACAUGUCUUGUGAUCCGACACUGUCUCCGUCAUCAGUGAUGUCGGCAGAGACCCUACCGCCCGCCUUCUCGCCCUUCGCCGCGUGUCCCGUUGUCAACCAGCGCUCGCUACGUCCCAGUUACGACCUGAACUUACACCCCCUCCGCCCGUCCUCCUCCAACCCGACCAUCAACCAGGCCUUCGACUUCCACCAGCACACCUUCCCAUCUCGCCUUCUUAGUCCGGUUCAGUUGAGCCCGUUAUCGAGCUCCAACCCGAACCUCUACAUAAACUCCCCGCCUGAUGGUAAUCACUCUUCAAGUUCGGUUUCGCCGUCGUCCGCGUCUGGUUACUCGCCAUCGACAUCGCCAGGGAGACUGAGCCCCUUACCGAUCCCGAUCCCACCAUCGUCACCACGCCCUGCAUGGCGAUGUAGACGUUCACCUCGGGUAAAACAGGCGGGGGCCGAAUUCCAACAGAACUUUGAUCAUUUCUGAUCGGCCUAUUAGUGAUAGACACGAUCGUAUUACUCAUGUUCAUCUUAAUGUUUUGUUUUUUUAACUGUGGGGCAAUUACGUUUUUUAAGCAGGCAAAAAAAAAAGCCAUGAA